CUUUUAACGUCCAUUACGAAAAAGCCGUUUCAAAAAAUGCCAAUAGUGAAUGAUUUACCGGAAAAUGAAUCCUCAGCUGGUUUCGAUCUGCACAAAGCAUUAUUCGGCGAUGAAGCCCAAUCUUUGGAAGUCGUAGCCUCCGGAAUCACCUCCAAAACGACCCAGGAUACAGCUGAAGAUCAAACACGAAUGUCGAGUGCCAUAUUUUCGUCGAGUGAUCUUUAUCCAAAGCCACGAAGAGUUUCGAGCAUUCGGCACGACUCGUUCAUUCUCGAUAGUCUUCGCAAAAUAAGUGUUAGUCGGAUUUCUACUGGUUCAAAGCUUGAAGCAAUCAUUCAAUAUCCAUUGGAAUUUAUUCAAUCACUACAAUCCAAACACGACCAGCAAGCCAACGCAUUCAACCAACACAUGGAAAACGUUCAUUCGAAACUUUUGGAGUUUGGAUUGGGAACCAUAUCCAAACUUUCGCCCAAAAAAAUUCCCACCGUGGUAGAUUCUCUUCUGGAUCAGAUGGACUCCACCCGAACCGCACUGUCGGCGGAACGCCGUAAAUUGAUAUCCAUAUACCGACAGCUAGAAUACUACUGCAAACGCGACUUCGAACUCGACGGCCAGAUGAGUAACGUUCGCCUGGAAGAACUCCACGAUAUGCAGAUGGAGGUUAUUCUGACGGGGGAGAAAAUAGACGAAAUCAGCAAGCUGAUAGUGAAUGCUCGGACCCAGUUCGAACGUGACAUAUCGAAGGCGUCCCACGUUGGUCAGAAGUGGUACAAGAUGCAGAUGAAAACGGUCUCCAAGUGGGACGAUUUGAAAAUGCUUAAGUCUUCCAUCUACGAGAAUCGUGUGUAUCUGUGCCGGCUGCUGACACGGAAGAAGCAACUGAGGAAGAAACGGGACGAGUGGCAGAAGAUGUGCCGUAUCAUUAAUAACAAACCACUGUUGAGGAAAUAUGACCAAAUGGUCAAGGAGAUUGCAACCAUCCGUCAUUACACAGAAAAAAUCAAGCAAAUCUGAUGCCGACUGGCCGUGAAAACAACCCAGAAAAGCCUAUCUUGAUGACACAUGAACGAAGCAAGGAUCAAUCAAGCUCAAGAUUCUUCUCUAUUAACUCUCAAAAAGCGCUCUAUCUUAAUUAAAAGAUCUUCAUGUCGAAUAAAGGCCCCCAUUGCUGACUAGAACU